GCAGGGGGGAGAACUGGGGUAUGGAAUUGGGUAUGGAAACAUGAGGGGAGAUCAGUGAAUGGGAAAUACAGUGGGGAAAGUGGGGAAAUAUCAUGGGAAAUAUAGGAAAAUGAGACUGGGACCGGGUUUCAAAUUAGGCAAUAUGGCGGACAAAUUGAUCAGAUUCUGAUAAAAUUAUAGUUUUCAAAAUGGGUUUCAUCGGGAAAAUUUUAGUAUUAGUUGGGUUGGUAAUAAUAAUACAUGCAGGUUACUCUUCAGAGCAAUAUAGAACUUAUUUGAAACUAAUUGAAGAAGAAUUCACUUCUUUACCAAAAGAUAUUGUGCUUCAAUGUAUAUUUGGCCUAGUAUUGGGAUCAGUAGGUGCUGUUCAAAUGGCAGGGGAUUUUAAGGAGAUCAAGGCUUCGGCAGAACUAGCUAACAAAAGCUGGGAAACUGCAAGUAACAGGCCAUCAUUUUACUCCUUUCACCAUCGAGGAAAAGUUAUGUUAAAAAAUGUUAUGCCUGAGUAAAAAUACAGUGGCAUAUUCUGAAAAAAGUACGUAAACUAUAAAAGAUAGUUACUGUACACUAGUAUUACAUAAAAAGAACUUUGAAAAUUAGAAUAUAUUAGCAUUCUUUAUAGUAAAUCAACUUGGUUUCUAAGUCAUUGUAAAGUAAUCAAUCAUUUUAAGUUAUUGUGGUCAAGAAAAGUACAUACUUUUGUUUCUUGAUGACAAAUUGUUAACACUGAGGUUGAAAUUUGGCGAUUUCAAUAUCAAACAUACUAUAUUUUUGUGUCAUAGAAAAACCUAUGGUACAAUAGAAUGCUACACAGGGGAAUUUAUGACAAAUGUAAUCUAUAGUCAGUAAUUGAUUCAGAUAGAAGUGGAUGUGUAAGGGUUGUAAGUUAACAAAGGUUCAAGUUAACAAAUGUGGUAUUCUAAACUGUGGUUUAUUUCUCAAAAUAAUAGAGGGUGUAGGCUCCUGUUAGUGGACCUGAGUUAUACUUUCCAUAACAAUAUAGCCAUGUACCUGGGGUGUCUACGCAAUACUUUAUAUGUCACAACAGUGGGAUUAGGUAAUUCUCUGUGGGUAUGCGUGCAGAA